AUGACAUCUACUUACGGAACCCUCUGGCCUUUAACAGGCAAUUGGAAUCCAGACAUUGCGUAUCGCUAUGGAUGGGCCUUCUCAUGGGAUGCGUACAAGAAGUCUCACCCUCAACUUGACCGCUUACCGUUCAACACCAUUGGAUCAGUACUGAAGAACGAUACCGUCUACCCCGACAACCCGCAUCUCGGGGUCGCCUACACCGAUCAUCUCGACGCAGGUGACUACACCUUCUCGUGGACUAUCCACAACAGGCCUUGGUGCGAACUGGUGUCUGGGGGCUCUGAAUACUGGGCGAACGUCAAAGUCGCCAACAGCACAUUCGGAUUUACCGUGGAAUCGGGAGCGCCAACGCCGACCUUUACCAGGACAUACGAUGGCCCCGAUAACCUAAGCAGUACGAUCCUAUCAUGUGCAGUGACGGUAAAUGCGACUGUUACAUCUGAGCCGUGCCGGGCGACAGUCAACGACGCACUGGAAACGAGCAUCUCGAGUCGACUUCACUGGGGAGCCUACGCAACAGCGUCGACUACUGUUUCAGGAAAGACAUCUGCCGGCUCACCUAUGCAGGCGUCGUGGAUGCUCUCAUUCUUAACUACCAUCAAGGCCCACUUAACGUUUCCAUAUUCACAUGAAGCUGAAUGGCUAGUUGUUUCAAGGCCCUCAACUGUAUUUGUCACUUCGUUGUUGACCGUGAAAAGGCUGAGACAAGUUUGGAACUAA